AAAGAGACAUCUGAAUCCCUACAGAUUAACUAUAACUAUCGUGAUUAUGUAAACUCCACUUCACAAUUAAGAAGACAGGGAAGAUAAACAGCCCAGUUACAUUACCAUUCCUUAUGACGUAGCAGAUCUAUCAGUCACUAAGAUGCAUUCAGAAGUGCCUAUAUUUUGAUUUAGUUACUGAUAUACAGAUGUUGAGAAGAAUGGCUAGCACCAUAGCAUCUUCCUCUUCCGCGGCUCUCACAUUCGAUCUCAUUGCGCGGUGUUCUACAACUAGAGCCCGAGCCUCUACCAUAACUCUUCCUCAUGGACCAGUCCAGCUUCCUAUCUUUAUGCCCGUGGCAACACAGGCCUCUUUGAAAGGAUUGACUCCAGAACAGCUGGAAGAAACUGGAUGCCGUUUAUGUUUAAACAACACUUAUCAUCUGGGCCUAAAGCCAGGACAGGAGGUCCUCGCUGCGGUCGGUGGAGCACAUAAAUUCCAGGGAUGGAAUCACAAUUUGCUCACAGAUAGCGGAGGCUUUCAGAUGGUCAGCUUACUCAAACUCGCCAAUAUCACAGAAGAGGGCGUUAGGUUUCUAAGUCCCCACGAUGGCACGCCGAUGCUUCUUACGCCUGAGCAUUCCAUAUCCCUCCAAAACACCAUCGGUAGCGAUAUAUUGAUGCAACUAGAUGAUGUACUGGUCACUACCUCACCAGAUCACGUGCGAAUGCGGGAGGCAAUGCUACGCAGCGUCAGGUGGCUAGAUCGGUGUAUUGCAGCACAUAAAAACCCAUCUACGCAGAAUCUAUUUUGCAUAAUCCAGGGAGGAUUAGAUCUCGAUAUGAGACGGGAAUGCUGCAAGGAGAUGGUAGCUCGCGAUACCCCGGGAAUUGCCAUUGGCGGACUCAGCGGUGGUGAGGCCAAAGCCGACUAUUGUCGCGUAGUGGUGACUUGCACCGAGCUCUUACCCGAACUGAAACCGCGAUACGUGAUGGGAAUCGGCUACCCUGAAGACCUGGUUGUCAGUGUAGCCCUAGGAGCCGAUAUGUUCGAUUGUGUCUGGCCAACUCGCACGGCCAGGUUUGGAAACGCCAUCACAAAGUAUGGCGUCUUGAACAUACGCAAUGCAAAAUUCACCAAUGAUUUCGGGCCUUUGGAAGAAGGUUGCGGAUGUAUGUGUUGUCGCAGGGACGGGAUGGGGAUCACGCGUGCCUUUGUGCAUCACAACACGGCCAAGGAAACAGUUGCUGCACAUCUCCUUACCAUACACAAUGUGUGGUAUCAGCUCAACUUGAUGAGAGAAGUCAGGACGGCGAUUAUUGAGGAUAGGUAUCCGGCGUUCCUGCGGCAAUUCUUCGCCAACUUGUAUCCAGAUAAAACCAAAUACCCAACAUGGGCAGUAGAUGCUCUGCGGGGAGUAGGUGUAGAUCUAUUGACCAAAGAAGUUGAAUAAAUCAUCAAGAUACCCUUGAAGCUUCAUGGAGUAAUGUUGGAAACACCUCUAAACUUCUGACGCUCAUCUUAUGGUAUAGUCAAUAACCCAUGGACUUGGGCAAGCAUAAUACCAAGCCUAUGGCAUUGGAUAUAUGUCUUGGUAACCUAAUACCCUCUGUGUCUCAUUGGCUUAUGUCAGUCGCGGGUUAUGCCGACCGGUAACUGUCUAACUGUCGGUGUGAUAUGAGAAAGUCUAGACUCUUUAUAAAUCCUUCGAGCUUUAAAGGUAAGGGUCUUAUGUGGGCUGAGUUAUGGAUGUAACAUCGUCUGUUUUCGGAGGUGCACUACUAAGACUCUUGAAGUCUGGAACAGAAUAUUGGCAUCGAUAUGAAAACAAAGGCUUGGGGUUGUGAACUUGUGACGGCAUCUUCAAUCAAUGAUAGGGUCCCGAGUAUGUACUACUAGUAGUAUGUA